AUGGCUCUCGUCUCUGGACCCGGCCGAGCAGGUUCUGCUGCUCUGCCAGAAGAACUUCAGCUCGCGAUUGAACCCCAUGUGAAAUAUAUACAGAGUCUCGACUCCCGCAAAGAUGAGCUCGAAUAUUGGCACACAGAACACCUACGAUUAAACGGACUCUACUGGGGACUCACCGCACUUCAUUUACUCGGUCGACCUGAUGCGCUGCCAAGACGAGAAACAAUCGAUUUUGUCUUAAGCUGCCAACAUAACAAUGGUGGAUUUGGAGCUGCCCCAGGCCAUGAUGCACAUUUGCUGUACACAGUCAGUGCCGUACAGACAUUAGUGAUGGUAGAUGCGGUUGAAGAUCUGGAGAAGAAUCUGGAUGGCAAUGGAAAGGAUUUAGUUGGGAAAUACCUCGCGGACCUACAAAAUAGGAAUACGGGAACCUUUGCAGGGGACGAGUGGGGCGAGGAAGAUACUAGGUUUCUCUACGCAGCGCUGAAUGCUCUUUCACUGCUUCACUUUUUACCCCUGGUAGAUGUUGAUAACGCAGUCAACUACAUUGUUUCGUGUGCGAAUUUCGAUGGGGGUUAUGGAGUUAGUCCUGGGGCUGAAUCACAUUCGGGACAAAUCUUUGCGUGUUUGGGUGCAUUGUCAAUUGCGAAGCGGAUAGACGUGGUCAACAUCGAUAAGCUGGGUAGAUGGCUGAGUGAGAGGCAAGUAGAGUGCGGUGGAUUGAAUGGCAGACCUGAGAAAAAAGAGGACGUAUGUUACAGCUGGUGGGUCGCGACGAGUCUCGCUAUGAUCGGAAGGCUACAUUGGAUCGAUGGAGAUAAGCUCGCCAAUUUCAUUCUGAAGUGUCAGGAUACAGAGGAAGGUGGAUUUGCUGAUAGACCGGGUGAUAUGGUCGAUGUUUUCCAUACCUGCUUUGGUGUGGCCGGCUUGUCUCUUCUAGGUUUUCCUGGUGUCGAAGAGGUUGAUCCCAUCUAUUGUAUGCCGAAGAGAAUUACUGAGCGAGCUCUAGGGUAG